AUGGCUUCGAAGUCGAAGCAGUUGGAUGAUGUUAAAAACAUGAUUGUUUUGUUCAGAAAUGAGGGUUUAACCUGUCUUGCUAUCGUUCCCGAUAACCUUCAACAAGAUGAAUGGAUAGGAACGAAUCGCACUAAAUCGGAUUCUCAGAUUCCCCAAAGUCAUUGCGAGAGUACCUUCUGCGCAUCAGACAGACCGGGAAGUUUGCGGAAAAAACACAGGCGUAAUAGGACUACUUUCACGACUUACCAAUUACACGAAUUGGAAAGGGCGUUUGAAAGAUCUCACUAUCCUGAUGUCUACAGCCGAGAAGAGCUAGCUGUCAAAGUUAAUUUGCCAGAGGUUCGAGUACAGGUCUGGUUUCAAAACAGACGAGCAAAAUGGCGCCGACAAGAGAAACUUGAGAACCAGAGUGCUUUGCGAAGUCUCGGGCACGUCAGCUCCAGUCUUCUAAGUUCCAAUUCCAGAUCACAGUCUCCUAUAAACAAUACGUCUGUUACCGGAACACCUCUGAGUCCCGGCGUCCCAUGUAUGACAUCAGUGGGGAGUCACCUGGGGUCCAAUGCUCCCAUGCUAUUUGAUCCGUGGUUGACUCCUUCCCUCUUGGGAUUACGACUACCUGGAUUACCUGGUUUCCAGCUUCAUACAGUGUAUCCAAGCUAUCUCACUCCUGCUAAUUUAACUUCUGGGCAAGUAGCCACAGAUACACCUACCAAGGUUAAGAAUUCGCCCCUAAAUCUCUCUUUGGACAAUGACGAUCAGAUAGUUGAACAGUCAUCUAAAGAAAUAUCUGAUCCAAGAAGUUCUAGUAUUGCUUCGUUGAGGCAUAAAGCUAAAGAACACUUGCAAGUCAUUACUAAAGGUCAUGUAACAUGAAUUAUAUUAGUAUAUGAUUAAGUAAAUAAUGUGUGUUUCGAGACAGCGAUGAUAAAUCUAGUGAACAAAUGACACUCUGUGCAAGAAAUGUUUUUAUUGCUUACAAACUCCACGAAAUCUUUUAUAAUAAGUAUAUGAAAUCAUCUCUAAAAAUGUGUUGAAUAGUAGUGCUUUCAUUUGACUUAAACUGAAAAACGUAUUUACAAAACUAUCUAUUAUGAUUACAUAGUAACUACGAAAAUUUAUCUUCAUUAGUUAGCUCAUUUUAUGUGUAUUUUGUUAUCAAAUAUCUUAUCCCAGAGUACCUUCAAUCUGAGUGUAUUCAUUUUGCAGUAACAAUUUUUGUGGUAAAUCUGAGCUUGCAAGAUCUCUUCAAUAGUAUUUUGAACUUCUACUAUUUUUGUCCUACGUAGAAUAUAGUCAGUAUCAUGUUGUUUGUCAGUCAUUUAUCACAUACAAAAAAAAAAAAAAAAAAAACGUAAAUAUUAAAUGUACCGAUACUUAUAUAUUUAUAGAAUAAUUAAACGAUAAGAUAAGAAUAAAUUAAUAAUUUACAGAUGUAUGUUAUAUAAAUGAGACUGUUUACUAACACUUAAUUAACACUUGAUGAUUUCUGUUAACGUUUAUUAUUGCUGUUAUUAAAGAUUAACGACGUG